GAGAGAGACUCAGUCUGCCCUUCGCCUCAGAGCAGAGGCAGUUCGGGUCCCCGCAGCAUUCAACGUAGUCGAAGAGGCACAGUACAGAGACUGUCACCGCCAUUACUUCUCACUUACGGUCACUUCAAGACGGAAACUUUUGACAAAAAAAAACAACAACAAACAGGUCAACGAAAGCGGCAACAGUUUGAAACUUGAAGCAUUUUGGAAAUCCUAAGAGACGGAGAGAAACUUUUUUUUUUUUACUUUUUUUUCUUUCUGGCGUCGUCUAUGAGGAGUUUUUUUUUUCCAAAAGAAAAAAAAAGUAAUAAUAAAUCCAAGGCAAAAUAUAUGUAACUGUAUAGUGCAAGGUGGAGGAAGUUGAAAGUGAGAGAAAAAGGAGGGGAGAAAAAAAAGGUUUUCUUUUUUUUUUUUUUUCUGAGUCGCGCCACAAGUCCACAAAGAGGAAGAGGUAUCUGCGGCGGUCAGGUGCAUGGCUCGCUGGUGACAUCUCAUUUGCCAAAAAUAGACAUUUCCGCACAAGUAAUAACAAAUAGAUGUGAUUCGGUGUUGGACGCGCGGCUUUCAGACUACACUUUAUUCGACUUGAGAUUCCUGCGAAGCAAUUGGGCUUCAACUCCCGACCGAGGAGGCGGAGUCUUAACUUAUUAAAAGGAACUUGCCGAGGCUCGGACGCCCGCAAAUAUGAUGAUGAUGUCUCUGAACAGCAAGCAGCCGUUCGCCAUGGCGCACACCAGCUUGCCCGAACCCAAGUACUCGUUGCAUUCCUCGUCGUCCUCCACUCUGACUUCCAAUGCACCGUCCUCAUGCUCAUCCUCCCGACACAGCAGCACCAUCAUCAGCAGCAGCGGCAGCAGCAGCUCGGAGGCGAUGCGCAGAGCCUGUCUCCCAACCCCACCGAGCAAUAUAUUCGGAGGCUUGGAUGAGAGUUUGUUGGCCCGGGCUGAAGCUCUAGCGGCGGUGGAUAUAGUCUCGCAGACCAAGAGCCACCACCACCCUCCACAUCACAGUCCCUUCAAGCCGGACGCGACCUACCACACCAUGAACACUCUCCCCUGCACGUCGUCUUCCUCCUCCUCCUCCUCGGUGCCUAUUUCUCAUCCGUCCGCCUUGGCCGGCCACCAUCACCAUCACCACCACCACCACCACCACCAGCCUCACCAGGCACUGGAGGGGGACCUGCUGGACCACAUCACCCCGGGACUGGCACUGGGAGCCAUGGCAGGGCCGGAUGGCUCGGUGGUUUCCACGCCUGCGCACCCUGCCCACAUGGCGGGCAUGAACCACAUGCACCAGGCAGCCAUCAACAUGGCUCAUGCCCACGGGCUACCGCCGCACAUGGGCAUGAACGACGUGGACGCCGAUCCAAGGGACUUGGAAGCCUUCGCGGAGAGGUUUAAGCAGAGACGGAUCAAACUCGGGGUUACCCAGGCGGAUGUAGGGUCAGCUUUAGCCAGCCUGAAGAUUCCUGGGGUGGGCUCCCUCAGCCAAAGCACCAUCUGCCGAUUCGAGUCCCUCACGCUCUCUCACAACAACAUGAUCGCUUUGAAGCCCAUCCUGCAAGCGUGGCUAGAAGAAGCCGAGAAAUCGCACAGGGAGAAACUUAACAAACCCGAGUUGUUCAACGGCGCGGAGAAAAAGAGGAAGCGCACGUCGAUAGCCGCGCCGGAGAAGAGAUCACUGGAGGCCUAUUUUGCCAUUCAGCCGCGUCCCUCCUCGGAGAAAAUCGCAGCGAUCGCAGAAAAGCUGGACCUGAAAAAGAACGUGGUGCGGGUCUGGUUUUGCAACCAGCGACAGAAACAGAAACGAAUGAAAUACUCAGCAUGCGUCUAAAGCAAAAAAAAACAAAAAACAAAAAAAAUAAACAAACAAACAACAAAAAAAAUCGCUUUGAACCGCCACCCUCGAAAAAGACUUGGAACUGUUUAGAGAUGAUUUGUAUCAUAUUUCCUAUCUCACGCCACCCUUUUUUUCCAAUCAUCGAUGACUCUGUGUUUUGAACUUCGAAAAAUUCCUAAAAAACUGAACAAAGACUGAAAAACUCAAGAGAGAGAGAGAGAGAGAGAGGGAGAGGGAGAGAGAAAAUACAGAAAACAAGUCACGUCUUUUCCUCGCUGAGGGGGAGUUGUGGAGUCAAGAGUAAGGCACCGUUUGACAGAGCAAGUAAGAUCACUGUUUCCACACUUACUAUGCUUCACAUUUCUAAUGUAAACAAACGCAGUCUGACUUACAGGACUUUCAUUUGGUUUCUGUUUUUUUUAGUUUUAUUUUAUCUAUAAUUCAUUUCAAAUGGCGACUAGAAUUUUCUUUAGACCCCCAAUUUAAAAAAAAAAGAGAGAGAGAGAAACAUUUUUAUCCUCACUCAUCGUUUUACUCAAAAAGCACUUGCUUGGUGACUAUUUUAUAUUUCCGGCUUAUAGAAUAAGCUACGUUUUCCCGUCGAGUUUAUGACAAUGCAGUCUGACAUUUAUUCAGGGUCCACCAAGAGGACAGCACUCUGGUUUCGAAAGCUAGUAUUAUAUUACUGCCAAAUAACCUUUCUGUAAAUGAAAUCGCUCCCUCGUCACACACUCCAUUUUUGUGUCUAAAUGUGUAAUUAAUUAUUUUGUUACCACGUGUGAUCAAAGUCAGGGAUCUAUUUUAAAGAUACCUUGAUUACCAGGCCUCGGUGUGUGGACUUGUCGAAAUAGCGACUCACUUGUACGGAUUUAUCAAUUAAAAAAAAAAAGAAGAAGAAGAAAGAAAGAAAGAAAAAGGAAAAAAGAAUUCUAUAUGAUUUUGAGCCGGCUGCGUUAAGUUUACACUCCAGCGUGGGCCGGCGUCUUAUGAACUAUUUAUUGAGUGAGGUCAUGUUUACUUCAUUAUAUAUUUAUCGGGAUUCCCUCCCCUCCUCGAUUUUUUUUUUUUUUUUUUUUUUUUUUUCCUUUUGCUCGAGAAAAUCAAAUUCUGACAGCAAGUUAAAGCGCGUUGUUCUGGUUUAAAGGGAAACGACUGCGAAACACAGCAGUCACAAAUUUUACGAUUUUCUAACGUCCGAGAUGGUACAAUCGAGAUAUAUAUGAGAAGCUAUUCUCCUUUUUUAAAAGUUAUUUUAUGUCUGUUUUCUGCUAUUUAUUUGUAUAAAUAUACUGCGCAUCAUUAUGGAGUCGUUGCUUGUUAAAUCACCCUGUUUAAGUAAUGUUUUUUUCUUGAAGAGAAAAAGAAACAGCUUCAUGGAAGUAUACGUGUACAAUGUAAAUAUUUCAUUGGAAUCAGUCGAUGCACAUAAAUAUAUUCGUACAGGUUUUUGCUGUAUUGCUGUUUAGCUGAGGUAACUUAUUUCUGUAAUGUAUGUUGCUUUUUUUUAAUUUAUUUUUAUUUAUAUUUUUGGUUCCCUGGUUAAAAACCCCAUUAAUUUAUUACAUCCAUGUGAUUUUUUAAAUUUUAUUUAAUUAUUGAACUGCAAUAUGUGUUUCAUUAAAGGACAAACUUUAACAUUUA